ACCAUGUGACGCAGCACCGCUGCGGUGCCUCCCGUCCAUGCUCCGGGGCCUGGCCCGCGCUGCCAAGAAUGAGGCCACAGCCCGAAGGGGUGCUCCGGGCAGGGGCUGCUCUACCGCCUGUACUGCUGCUGCUGCUGCUACUACCGCUCCUGGGGCACCUGUGGGCCGCAAGCACCCCUGGCCCAUCCUCCUCGUCACCGGGGACUCAGCAGGACAACCAGCUGGGCCCAGGCCGAGUCAAGCGUGGCUGGGUGUGGAACCAAUUCUUCGUGGUCGAGGAGUACACAGGGACAGAACCCCUGUACGUGGGCAAGAUCCACUCUGAUUCUGAUGAAGGCGAUGGGACCAUCAAGUACACCAUCUCUGGUGAGGGUGCGGGGACCAUCUUCCUGAUUGAUGAGCUGACAGGUGACAUCCAUGCCACCGAGCGCCUGGACCGGGAGCAGAAAACCUUCUACACACUCCGAGCUCAAGCCAGGGAUCGUGCCACCAACCGCCUGCUGGAGCCCGAAUCGGAGUUCAUCAUCAAAGUGCAGGACAUCAACGACAGUGAGCCACGCUUCCUACAUGGCCCCUACAUUGGCAGUGUGGCUGAGCUGUCACCUACAGGCACGUCUGUGAUGCAGGUGAUGGCCUUCGAUGCAGAUGACCCCACUUACGGCAGCAGCGCCCGGCUGGUGUACAGUGUGCUAGAUGGCGAGCAUCACUUCACGGUGGACCCCAAGACAGGUGUGAUCCGGACAGCUGUGCCUGACCUCGACCGUGAGAGCCAGGAACGCUAUGAGGUGGUUAUCCAAGCCACAGACAUGGCAGGCCAGCUGGGUGGCCUCUCAGGAUCCACAACAGUCACCAUCGUGGUUACUGACGUCAAUGACAACCCACCCCGCUUCCCACAGAAGAUGUACCAGUUCAGCAUACAGGAGUCAGCGCCCAUUGGCACGGCUGUGGGCCGAGUGAAAGCCGAGGACUCAGAUGUGGGCGAGAACACAGACAUGACUUACCACCUGAGAGAAGAAAGCGGCAGUGGAGGAGAUGCGUUCAAGGUCACCACGGACAGCGACACUCAGGAGGCCAUCAUAGUAGUGCAGAAGCGGCGACCGAGCAUGACUGAGAGGUUGCAAGGGCACGUGAAAGAGGAUGGGGACCAUGGAGGUCUCAUAUGCAGACCAAACGCUAGGGGAGAACUCUUGUUGUUAUUCCUAGCCGACCAAUGUGGGGCCCAGUAUGACCCUGACGACCCUCGUCAGGGGGCCAUAGACGUCAAUUUGCGAGGUCACGGCUACGUGGUGGAGCAGCCCCUUUACAACCGGUACCCAGGGCUCAGUCUGGGCCCUCCUGACCAAGCCAAAUCUCCGUUAAUGACGUAUGAGCUGAGCCAACUGAUAGCCCUGCUAGUGCAGUUCGCCUCUCGCUGCCUGGAACCUGCGGCUCCAGACAAGUACACCAAGACCAUCCACCAAGGGCUUGUCCCGCUAGCGCUCCUGGGACUUUUGAGAGUCCGUCAGCUUAGAAGGUGCACAGCAGAGUCCCUGCACCUAGUGCUUCGGCUUCAGAAGCCCUCCACAAGUUUUUUGUGGGACCCCCGCUCUCUGUCUGACCUGGGCACAUUCCGAGACCCAAGCCAUCCGCUGCGCCCCUGUCCGCGCCCGGGUGACGUGAUGACGCGCACUGGUUCGGGUCCACCUCCCUUGCGCUCGUCCGCGUGUGGCUACGGGCGCGCCGUGAGCACCCACGGACGCGUCCGCCCAUACGCGGCGCGUCCGACUGUCCUGCAGUCGGCGUUUGGGGAAGCUGCCCUGGCUCUUGUCCGCUUUCAACGAGCGUCAAGGCUAGGGCCUCUCACCGUACAGGGCUUAGAGUCUGAGAACGUAAACACAACCGCUCCCAAGCUGCAAGUCAUAACAAAGGUUGUGGUGGUGAUGGUGAUGAGUGGUACUGUUGCUCAUGGCAACAGAGGUUGUGGUGGUAAUGGCAAUGGGGUUGAUGCUAAUAUUAAUAUUGAGGAUGGGGAUGGUGGAUAUGGUGAAGACUAUGGUGAAGAUGGAGAGGAGAAUGGUGAAGGUGGUUAUGGUGAUGACAAUCAUGCUCAGCUCUCACGAGCCUCCCUACGGAUCCGAAUCCUGGAUGUAAAUGACAACCCCCCAGAGCUGGCUACACCCUACGAGGCAGCUGUGUGUGAGGAUGCCAAGCCAGGCCAGCUUAUCCAGACCAUCAGUGUGGUGGACAGAGAUGAGCCCCAGGGCGGUCACCGCUUCUAUUUCCGCCUGGUACCAGAAGCACCCAGCAACCCUCAUUUUUCUCUGCUGGACAUCCAAGAUAACACAGCUGCCGUGCACACACAGCACGUGGGCUUCAACCGGCAAGAGCAGGAUGUGUUCCUCCUUCCCAUCCUUGUUGUGGACAGCGGGCCCCCCACACUGAGCAGCACGGGCACCCUCACCAUCCGCAUCUGCGGCUGUGACAGCUCCGGCACCAUCCAGUCCUGCAACACCACCGCCUUUGUCGUGGCUGCCUCCCUCAGCCCUGGGGCACUCAUUGCUCUCUUGGUCUGUGUCCUCAUUCUGGUCGUGCUGGCUCUGCUAAUCCUCACCCUCAGGCGGCACCACAAGAGUCACCUGAGCUCGGACGUGGAUGAGGACAUGCGGGACAACGUGAUCAAAUACAACGACGAGGGCGGCGGCGAGCAGGACACCGAGGCCUAUGACAUGUCAGCGCUGCGGAGCCUCUACGAUUUCGGGGAGCUCAAGGGUGGCGACGCGGGCGGGGGAGCGGCCAGUCCCCCACAGGCUGCUCCCUCCUCGGAGCGCCACUCGCUGCCUCGGGGCCCAUCGAGUCCAGAACCGGACUUCUCGGUGUUCAGGGACUUCAUCAGCCGCAAGGUGGCGCUAGCGGACGCGGACCUGUCGGUGCCGCCCUACGACGCCUUCCAGACCUACGCGUUCGAGGGCGCGGGCUCGCCCGCUGCCUCGCUCAGCUCGCUGCACAGCGGCUCCACCGGCUCCGAGCAGGACUUCGCUUUUCUCCGCGCCUGGGGCCCGCGCUUCCGACCGCUGGCCGCGCUCUACGCCGGCCACCGUGGGGACGACGAGGCCCCGGCCUCCUAGCCCCAGCCGGGCCAGUCCAGCAGCGCGGCCCGAGGGGAGGGGACCUGCAUGGCUCCCGCGCCGCGACACGCCCCCAAGGGGUGAAGCUUGCGAGGGAGGACUCAGGGGUGCGGGAUGGUGACCAACGGCAGGAUAAGGGAGGGGAGCCCGGCCUGCACGGCCCUGGGGUUGGAAGGGACCGGGAGAAGGAGCCUGGUGCUGGAAAAGGACCUGGGAAGAGAAAGCGGAGGAGGGCGUUUUGCGCACCCCAAGGCUUUCUGGCAUCCAAGUAAAGAUGAAGGAAGGGCUGGUCAUUUACUAAGCACCUACUGUGUGCUGGGAGCUACCCAGAGACUGACUGCAUUGUUGUAGAAACUAUGAGGUGGCGUUCCAAAGGUGCCAAGGUAGGAAAGCCCCCCAGAGAAGUGGUUGUGACCUGCCUGGGGACAUGCAGACAGCGAGUGAGUGGCACUCACCAGCUGCCUGGACAAGUCACCUCAUUUCUCUGGGCCCCAGUUUCCUCAUCUGUCAAAUGAGGUUAAUAACAGCACCUACCUCGAAGAUUUGAGAGGAUGAAAAGGGUUCAUGUGUCAAGUCGUUGGGCAGUGCCUGGCACAGAGUAGGUGUUCAAUAAAUGCUCGCCUUUGUUACUA